AGCGAAGAAGCUCGCGUUUGCUCAGUCCGUCGUUGGCCCUCGCACUGGUUCAACUAUCGCUAUCGUUGCUCGCACGCUGACUGGCUGGCUUGACUAGCUUGAAGCAGAGCGAACACCUGAAACGCGGACGUGCGUCCGCACCUUCGGGAAUCCGGGCAGCACCCCCGAAGUAUAAAACCAGAAACCGUUUUACCAUUAGGUAACAUUCUGUUGUGUAACCUCGUUCGGUUAACAUUGAUCUUGAAGGCCCCCUUCAAGAAUCUUCCAGGAACGGUCGAACAGUUCUUCCCUGGCCAUGAAAAUAGGAGAAUUUAGCGAGAAAAAAAUACAAGAUUAAAAAACAACAACACCCUCUUUGCGGGUUGAAACAGUGAAAAGUGGAAGUGAACUUUUUGUUGAUUUUCCCGAAUAGCUCCUCUAAACGCUACUGUUGUAAGCGAUAAGAAAGUGAAAAAGUAGUGUUUUUUGUUGACCGUGAACGAUUGAAUCCACCGAGUGUGUCCGAAUUAAUCAACUGUAGAAGGCAAAAGCAACAGUGGCGAAGCCAACAUUGCGGAAAUUAUGAAACUCCAACUGUCAUAUUUGCUUAUAGCAAUAUGCGUCGCUUUGGUAAGCGCUCUGCCGAAGCAACGGUACUUGGCUUCCGAUGACGCCGAGAAUCGGAGCUUGGUCGGUCUCUCCACCAACGUCAUCGCGGCCAGUUUGCUGAAGGGAAGCAUCGAUUCCACCGCGAAUCAGGUGUUUUCCCCGAUUGGGUUUUCCUCGAUCCUGGCCAUGAUCAGCGAAGGUGCGGAAGGGCAAGCUUUGCAGGAAUAUUUCGACGUCUUUAAGUUCCCUAAUGAUAAGGCAGCAAUCCGGCUAGCAUUCGAUAAAUCGCUGCGGAGGUUGAACUCGCAAAACCCAUCCAAUGAACCGCAGUUCAAAAGUUGGUUCUACAUCUACAAGAACAAUACGGUGAAACAGGAUUUCAGAAGUAAGUUGCUGAACAACUACUAUGUGGAUGUACGUGACAUCGAACGCAAUGAUUACAACUUUGACGAUCCAAAAACGUCGGUUGGACCAAUUGAACCGGAACCGGUUCCAGUGGUGGCCAAUAACCAGAUCGUUCCUUCGAACAACAACAGUAAGGACAUUAUCGAGUUUGAGGUACUGAAACUCAAAUCAAGCCCGGAAGCCCUGGUUGAUAAUGUUCGCUCAGAAGUUGGAAUUGUAACGAAGUACGAUGAGAUCGACGAAGACGAUAAUCCAAAGUUCGACAAAAACAUUGACGACAAGCUGUACGUGGAACCGACCCAGAUAAAGAAGGAGAUCGCUAAGCAAAAGGACGAAUACACGAACGAGGUGUUGGAUGAACCGGUCGUUAAGGUUACGGAGGAUCACAUUGAUCACUUCGUGUUGGACCCCCCGCGAAAGCUCGGCCUAGCGCUUAAGAAACUCGACGAUGAUGACGAACACGAAAUAAUGUACGCAGUCGAAAGUCAAGCCUCGAGAAGUAGGUUCAACGUUCGACGUUCAUUCUUGUCCGGCGACAUUGCCUCUGCACUCAGUGGAAACUCACUCGUAGGUCGGAAAGCGGACAGCAAAGACGGUUCGGAUGAAUCGAAAAUGUUGUUGUUCAAUGGCUUGUACUACCGAGGCAGUUGGGCUAACCCAUUCCAGAUCAACUCGGAACCCGGCAUUUUCUUGUUGAAUGGCGAACAGAAGCCCGUUAUGACGAUGCAAACUGCGGGUACAUAUGGUGUUGGUUCAAGCCAGGAGCUGGAUGCCAAAUUCGUCGAAUUGCCCUAUAAUAACACUCGAUACUCCCUGCUCGUAAUGGUUCCCAACAAGGUGGACGGCAUCAAGGAUCUGAUUAGAAACUUCCACUGUCACAGUCUGAGCAGUGCUCAGAAAGCCCUCAACCAACAGCCAGUACGGAUCAAUUUACCGAAAUUCCACAUCGAUAGCACAAGUCGGGCGGAGAAGGCUCUCGCUAAGUUGGGCCUGAUCACGAUGUUCACUUCCAAGGCUGAUCUCAGUGGAAUUACGGAUGAGCAGAAAAUUCACGUCGAUGAACUGGUGCAGCAUGUGUCCAUUCGGGUUGACGAAGGUGCAAGCAGUGAGCUGUCCCUGUCAGUGACUGACGCCGUUGAAUCGAAGACAUCCGACGAUCAGGAGGAACUGGAACAGUUCGUAGUCGAUCGGCCAUUUGUUUUCUUUGUGCGCGAUACCGUCGACGAUGUGGUGAUCGUUGCUGGCAAAAUUACCGACGUCCCGGUUGCGACAGAGUAAAGCCACGCUACGUGUCUCUCGACUCUCUAGGCUAGUGAAUAAAUUAUUAUUAACGUUUUAGUUAAGUAGUCCCUCUCAGUCUCUAGCGCGCACUUGAAAUUGCAUUCAUCCGCAUUUUCAGGAUAGCCAGUAUAGGUAGCAGAGCACAACCACAAACCCAAACUAUCAUCACACAUCGAUCUUUUAACAAUAGCUCUUCUUAUGACAAACGAAUACUCAUAGGAACACUACUUCGCACUUUUUACAAUGCAGGAAAAAAUCUUCAUCCAAGUGUGCUUGCCGCCGCCAAACAGCGUAAAUAGUAACAAGAAGAAAAAGAACAACCAACGAAAUUGGCAAAAACAGUUUCACAUAUCCGAAAUAAAAACAAAUUUUCCCAACUUGUGCCAAUAGUUCGAUAAGUUCGGGAUAAUAUGUUAAGCAAUACGCCAAUUUUAAGUGUGAGCACCAACACAAAAGUCAUCUAGAACUGUGAACUGUGCAAGAUCUUCUCAAGUUUGCUACGAUCAAUAACAAAACUGCAGUAAAAAAAAAAACAAAUUCACCAGUGUACUCACAAGCUACUAAAUCCUCCGAACGUAGGGAGGCAUCUUGAUUCGAAACCAGUUCACAGCAAAUAAUCUUUUCAAAAUAAGUUCCAUUUAUUUUGAAAUUGUAUUAACAAACACAUUGGUGCUCGCAAAUAGUAGCACUCGCGUUACUGUUGUUAAAAAGCCAAGCCCCUGGAGGAGAACGCGUUUGCACUUGAUCGAUGAAUGCAGUUUCGAUUUCUACUUUAAAAACAAACAAAAAAAAAAACAAAUAAAACAAAAUCUGCUACAAUAUUACGCUAAAUGAGCAACUAGGGUUAAUUAGUGUAUGUACAAGCGUAAUUUAUUUUUAAAGUGGUACGAAUAAAAACAGUAUUUUUAAGAA